AUGAAACGGUCGUGGCUCGUUGCUUUUGUUGUGCUGGCGACUGUCUUCGGUUGUGAAGGAAAAGCGCUGCCUUCGCUACCUGAUUUCGGGAGUGCUCAUCAUGUAAAAGGAGUGAUUUCGCUGCCCUACGCUGAGAUCCGCGAGCCCUUUGAAGCCUGGUUUGACCUGAAGGCAAAAUCCAGCCGUAUAGAUUAUUACCAUGGACAAGUGUCAACCUACCAGUUAGGGGCUGAGAAGCCUUGGGGGGCAGCCUACAAAAUCAGCCCCGAGACCACUGAAGACGAGCUGAACGUAAUGAAGUGCUUUCAGGUCAACGGAACCAAGGAAGAACCUGUCACGACACAAGCAGUUCUGCCCGACGUGUCGGGCUUCCAGUUCCUGAGGAUGGAGUACUAUGGCGGUGCUCUAUGUGAAGUGUGGCAGAACGUGACCACAGUGGGCUUCAAGAAGAACACCUACACAUUGUGGGUGACCCGCUCGGAGAAGAAGCGGGCCAACACACAGGCGCUUCCGGCCACGCCGCUGCACUACGAGAUGAUGGGCUACAACACGCUGUUGGGGUCCCACUUUGACAAAUACUUGGUGGACUACAAGGAGUUCUCCUCAGAUGUAGACCCCACAGCAUUCUCCCUUCCUGAAGGUAUGAGUUGCGGAGGGUUCCCCGGUCCAGGAGUGGAGCAUCAUAUGCUGGCCAAUCCCAUGAAAGAUCUCAUCCACACGUCUUCUUCGGGCCACUCGCAGCGCAUCUUUAGCCAUUUUAAAGAGAAGUUUCAGCGUCAGUACAGCGACCAGAAGGAGCACGAAGAGAGGGAGCACGCUUUUCUGCACAACCUCAGGUACGUCCACUCCAAGAACCGAGCUAGACUAUCCUUCAAACUGGCUCUCAACUCCCUAUCGGAUCGCACAAUGUCCGAGCUAGCCGCCAUGAGAGGAAGCAAGCGUGGCAAGACACCCAACCAUGGGCGCCCCUUCCCUUCCCAGAUGUACAAAGGAGUCAAAGUCCCUGAGUCGCUUGACUGGCGCCUUUAUGGUGCUGUGACGCCAGUGAAGGACCAGGCCAUUUGCGGCUCCUGCUGGAGCUUCGCCACCACUGGAACUUUAGAGGGGGCUCUUUUCUUAAAGACUGGUUCCCUUCAGGUGCUUUCCCAGCAGAUGCUGGUCGACUGCACAUGGGGCUUCGGCAACAAUGGCUGUGACGGCGGCGAGGAGUGGCGAGCGUACGAGUGGAACAUGAAACACGGAGGCAUCGCCACCGCGGAGACCUACGGCGCGUAUAUGGGAAUGAAUGGCUUUUGCCACUUCAACGAGUCGCAGCUGACAGCGCACGUCCACAGCUACACAAACGUGACGUCGGGCGAUGCCGAAGCGCUGAAGUUGGCGCUGUUCAAGAACGGUCCUGUGGCCGUCAGCAUCGAUGCCGCGCACAGAUCCUUCGUAUUUUACAGCCACGGCGUCUACUACGAGCCCGCUUGCGGUAACACCACCGACUCGCUGGAUCAUGCGGUACUCGCCGUCGGAUACGGCAAACUGAACGGGGAACCUUACUGGUUAGUCAAGAACUCGUGGUCCACAUACUGGGGCAAUGAUGGCUACAUCCUUAUGUCCACCAAAGACAACAACUGCGGCGUCACCACCGACGCCACCUACGUCACCUUGGCGUAG